UUGAAAAAAAAAUUUUCUUUUCACCUAAUCAUAAUCAUGUUCGUCAAUAAUGGCGACAAUCAAAAAUCAUUCAUCUCAAUCUGUGAAUUAUCGAUCCAAAAAUCAUCAACAUCCAAUCGAAUUGGAAUUGAAUGAAAAAAUUCAACUCGUAUUAUCAUUGAUGAAAUCACAUGAAUUAGAACAUUUCUGUCCACAUGCUAUUCGACGAAAGAUGUUGGCAUUAUCUCGUUGCCCAUUAGGACCAGAUUCACAUCAAGAUGAUCGAAUGAAAAUUAUGCGUACGGUCAUUGCACUUGGAAAUCGUGUUGCAUUCGAAUUAUUGGUCAAACAUUCCAAUUCACAUCGAAUCAUAUCUAGUCUUUGGGUUGCCGUUCGUAAUCGUGGUUGCCAAUUUCUUGGUCCUGCCAUUCAAGAAGAAGUUCUCAAGCUUGUGAUCCUAGCUUUGGGUGAUGGAACUCAAUUGACAAGAAAAGUUCUCGUUCUUUAUAUACUACAAAGGAUGGAGAAAAUUUAUCCAUUACAAGCUACAAAAACAUCUGUCGGUCAUGUUGUACAGAUUCUAUAUCGAGCUAGCUGUUUCGAGAUCAUUAAACGGCCUGGUGAAUCGUGUCUAAUGCAGCUAAAAGAACAAUACAGAAAAUACAUUGAUCUACGACGUGAACAUGAUGCACAAAUCAUAUCAAUGGCACUUGAAUCUGGCAUAAGAUUAUCACCAGAACAAUGGUCAUCAUUACUUUAUGGUGAUCAACGUCAUAAAUCUCAUAUGCAAUCAAUUAUUGAUAAGUUGAACGCAACAAACGCUCCAUUUGAUCGACUUGUGGAUCAAUUAGCUAAAACAUUAGCUGAAGAACAGGAUUUUGUCCAUAUAGCCGAUACGAUUGUCCAUUUUAGACGUUUGGUACAAUUUGAACAACAUAUCGAAGAUGAGAAUACCUGUUGUUUUUCCAACAUUAUAAUCGCAAUCGAUUCUAUUAUAUUUAUUGUGACCAGAUUGAUUACAUUCAUAACAUACAUCUAUGGACAAACUGGAACUUAUUCUUUAUAUAAAAAUCCGAUGAAAAAUCAUUUUAUUUAACAAAUCAUGGACACCUAUAUUGAUCUCAUCAUGACGAUCUCUUGUUAUUUCAGAAUGAAUCAAUUUUUCUAUUUUAACCGAGAAGAUAUUUUUUGCCCAACAAUGAUAAUUUUUUUGAUAAAA